UGCCCCUGCCCCGCCUCCAACCGGCGUUUUGUUCUGGAAGCUUCAGGCUGUGACAGGGGAGGCUGCAGAAUCCGUUGUCAUCCUCCGCCCAGUUACUUGUACCGGGACCCGUACACCCCCAGCCUAAGCUUCACCACCCGUUAUGCCGGAUAAGUCCGCUCCUAAAGUCAUGGCGGCGACCCCCGCCUCAGCAUCGGGUAAAGGCAGUGGAGGGGACGGCAGGAUGAGAGGAUCUUACCAGGACCGGGACAAGCCGGCUCAGAUCCGCUUCAGCAAUAUCUCCGCCGGGAAAGCUGUUGCUGAUGCCGUUAGAACCAGCCUUGGACCAAAGGGCAUGGACAAAAUGAUUCAAGAUGGUAAAGGAGAUGUGACCAUUACAAAUGAUGGCGCCACCAUCCUGAAGCAAAUGCAAGUCCUGCACCCAGCAGCAAAGAUGUUGGUUGAAUUAUCCAAGGCUCAAGAUAUUGAAGCUGGAGAUGGCACAACAUCUGUGGUGGUCAUUGCUGGUGCCCUCCUUGAUGCCUGCUCUAAGUUGUUGCUAAAAGGUAUACAUCCCACCACUAUUUCUGAGUCCUUCCAGCUGGCUGUAGACAAAGGAAUUGAAAUUCUAAGCAGCAUUGCCCAACCUGUGGAGCUAAGCGACCGAGAAACCUUACUGAACAGCGCAACCACAUCGCUGAACUCGAAGGUCGUCUCCCAGUAUUCCAGCUUGCUUGCGCCAAUGAGUGUGGAUGCUGUAAUGAAAGUGAUUGAUCCAUUGACAGCAAACAGCGUUGAUCUUCAUGACAUCAAAAUAGUCAAGAAACUUGGUGGAACCAUUGAUGACUGUGAAAUGGUUGAUGGUCUUGUGCUGACACAGAAACUGUCAAACACCGGAGUAUCCAGGGUGGAAAAGGCAAAGAUCGGUCUAAUUCAGUUCUGCUUAUCUGCUCCAAAAACAGAUAUGGAUAACCAGAUUGUGGUGUCGGAUUAUGCACAGAUGGACAGAGUUUUAAGAGAAGAACGAGCCUACAUUCUCAACCUUGUGAAACAAAUCAAGAAGGCUGGCUGCAAUGUGCUGCUAAUCCAGAAGUCCAUUUUAAGGGACGCUCUGAGUGAUCUUGCUUUGCACUUUCUGAAUAAAAUGAAAAUUAUGGUGGUUAAGGACAUAGAACGUGAAGACAUUGAGUUCAUCUGUAAGACUAUUGGAACCAAGCCGGUGGCUCAUAUCGACCAUUUUACAGCAGACAUGUUGGCAACAGCUGAGCUGGCUGAAGAAGUCAGUCUAAAUGGCUCUGGGAAACUUGUAAAGAUAACUGGGUGCGCCAACCCUGGCAAAACGGUUACAAUUGUUGUCCGUGGUUCUAACAAGCUUGUGAUUGAAGAGGCUGAGCGCUCCAUCCAUGAUGCACUUUGUGUGAUUCGUUGCUUAGUUAAGAAAAGAGCUCUGAUCGCUGGAGGAGGCGCUCCUGAGAUUGAGUUGUCCCUGCGAUUGAAUGAAUAUGCAAGAACACUUAGCGGCAUGGAGUCCUACUGUAUCAGAGCUUAUGCAGAUGCCUUGGAAGUCAUCCCAUUCACACUGGCAGAGAAUGCAGGACUUCACCCAAUAUCCACUGUAACGGAGCUGAGAAAUAGACAUGCACAGGGUGAGAAGACAGCAGGGAUAAAUGUGCGCAAGGGAGGAAUAUCUAACAUUUUGGAAGAACUAGUUGUUCAGCCUCUCUUGGUGUCCAUCAGCUCCCUGACUCUAGCUACAGAAACCGUUCGAAGUAUCCUGAAGAUCGAUGAUGUGGUAAAUACCCGAUAAGCAUUUUUCUGGCUGAAGCAAAGCGGCAAGUCUGCUGAAGUAAGCUGGCAGUAAACCUUUCUGUGUGUGUCGGCACUUAAUUUAAUAAAGUUGUUACAUGACGUUA